GAUGAUCUCUGAGGACUCUAGAGACGGCUUGACUGAGGCUGCCCUGAACCGCUACAACACACACUCUCCUUCACACACAAAUUCAGCAUCACAUUCAAACUCUCCUUCCCACACGCCACCUGUAACCACGACAGCUUCAACAACCACUUCUGCUGCUGCCUCCUUCUUUGCCAGAGCUGCACAAAAGUUGAACUUAGCCUCCAAGAAGAAGAAGCAGAGGACCGCCGCAGUCACAGCCCCAGUGACAUCAUCAUCACCGUCAUGUGACCCACCUCUGUUUCCAACCAAUUUCAGCUCUGCCCUGUUGAUGGCCCCUCCCCCAGCUCCACCCUGCCUACUCCGUGCAGCCAACAAAAUCAAAGAUACCCCUGGGCUUGGAAAGGUGAAAGUGAUGGUACGUGUGUGCCCAGUAUCUCAGUCAGACGCCGCUGAGUCCAGUUCCUUCCUUAAAGUGGAUCCCAGGAAAAAACAAAUCACCAUCAUGGAUCCCUCAGCCAAUCAGACACCAAGUGCAGCCUCCCAGAAAAAGGCGGCAACCAAUCAGGUCCCUCCAAAGAUGUUCACCUUUGAUGCGGCGUUCCCUCCUGAUGCAUCACAGGCGGAGGUGUGCGCAGGAACGGUUGCCGAGGUGAUUCAGUCAGUGGUGAACGGAGCAGAUGGCUGUGUCUUCUGCUUUGGACACUCCAAGCUGGGUAAAUCUUACACCAUGAUUGGUCGUGAUGACUCCCUCCAGACUCUGGGUAUAAUCCCUUGUGCCAUCUCCUGGCUGUUUAAGCUCAUUAACGAGAGGAAGGAGAAGACAGGAGCACGUUUCUCUGUUCGAGUUUCUGCUGUCGAGGUUUGGGGAAAAGAGGAGAACCUGAAGGACUUGCUGUCUGAAGUAGCUACUGGCAGCUUACAGGACGGACAGUCACCUGGAGUCUACUUGUGUGAGGACCCCAUCUGUGGCAUGCAGCUCCAGAACCAAUCUGAACUACGUGCUCCGACCCCAGAGAAGGCAGCCUGGUUUCUGGAUGCAGCCAUAGCUGCUCGCCACAGUAGCCAACGUCCCAACACCACCGAAGAAGAACACAGGAACUCACACAUGCUGUUUACAUUACACAUAUACCAGUAUCGCAUGGAAAAGACAGGAAAAGGAGGGAUGUCAGGGGGUCGCAGUCGCCUCCACCUGCUGGAUCUUGGCAGCUGUGAUGUCAAAGCACUUGGAGGAGGAGGAGGAGGAGGAGGUGGGAAAAGCAAGGAGAACUCUUCGCACAGCUCGGCCCCUCUGUGCCUUUCCCUGUCUGCCCUCGGCAAUGUGAUCCUGGCCCUAGUCAACGGGAGCAAGCACAUCCCAUACAAGGACAGCAAGCUGACCAUGUUGCUAAGGGAGUCGCUAGGCAACAUGAACUGCCGGACCACCAUGAUUGCUCACAUCUCUGCCUCACCCAGAGAUUUCUCAGAAACCCUUUCCACCAUCCAGAUUGCUUCUCGCGUACUCCGCAUGAAAAAGAAGAAAACUAAAGUCACAGUGCAAUACACGUCCAGCUCCUCUGGAGGAGAGAGCUCCUGUGAGGAGGGUCGCAUGCGUCGUCCGACCCAUCUGCGACCUUUCCAUCACCGUGGGGACACCGACUCGGACCUGCCGUUGCUGAGACUGUCCAGUGACCCUGACGAAUAUUCCAGCAGCGAGCAGUCAUGUGACACGGUGAUCUAUGUGGGCCCGAAUGGGGCUGCUGUGUCAGAUAGAGAACUGACGGACAAUGAGGGACCACCAGAGUUUGUACCAAUUAUUCCCGCUUUACUUCGAGGUAAAACGCCAGAGCAACAUCAAAGUAAAAGUCAAGCAGCUGGAGCCCAGAACAAGGUGCAGUCUCAGCCAGAGGACCAGCCCAGUGGCCCCUCGCAGCCCCUGCCUCCGGCCUCUCAGUCACUGCUUGGACAACCAUUGGCCCCUGUCCCAGAGGAAGGAGCUGAAUGCCUGAAAUGCAACACCUUCGCUGAGCUGCAGGAGAGACUGGACUGCAUUGAUGGCAGCGAGGAGGUUGCAAAAUUUCCCUUUGAAGAGGUUCCAGCAAACAAACAAGGUGCUAAACAAGAGCCAUGUCCAUCUUCAGCUGUCCCGACCUCAGCCCCCUCUGCUCCUGGAUCUGCCACAGAAACCAAAACAGGAGGUGCAGUGCAGUUCUCCUCCUCAGCAGUAACGACCUCCAGAAGAAGGACCAAUGACCAGCAGCUGCAGGACAUCAAAGAGGUGGUGGAAGAGGCAGAGCUGGCCCAGACGAUGAUCCACAGCCUGGCUCAGAGUUCUGGUUCUCCGAUAGUUACUAGCACCAGGAGCGUCACAGGAAGCAGCAGCAUCACCUCAAACCCCCUGCACAGGACUAAGAGCGCCCAACUACAUGACAGCCAUGAGAGUCUGACUGUGGGCAGUAACACUGAUGGGAAGGCUCGUCCAUUGGGGUCACCGCGCCUCGGCAUCGCCAGCCUGACCAAAACCUCCGACUACAGGCCUCCAUCCUCCCCCUCCCAGCGUUGCAAAGUGUACACCCAGAAGGGCGUGAUGCCGGCAACACCCCCUCUGUCCUCACACACUCUGGCUCAAGAUGGCCAGGCCACAGAGGCUUUGGCCUCAGACAACAGUUUGGCUGCAGACAGCGGCCGAUCCUCCACAGAGUCCCUGCUGUCCAGGACUUCUCCAGUGGGCAUGAGCCCACAAGUCCGAGAGCCAACUCAGUCACUUUCUGCCAGCCUGGGAUCAGCUGAGACACUCUGUGAUGAUGACGUCCCACCAAUACCCCUGGACACACACAGGGACGACUCUCCUCCACUUGCAGUCUCAGGACGGGCAGUGUCUUUAGGUACAGUUGGACCUCUCUCGCUCGGGGAGGACGAACUAGUGUACACUGUGGCUUGUGGAGAUGAGGAGGACCUUGAUGCUACAGCUCUAAUGGACACUCAGGGCCUGACCUGUCAUCCCACGGGCAUCAUCAGUUUCAAAAGUGACUGUUGCCCCAUCACCGCCCUUGCCUUGGGCUCUUCAUCUGUCUGCGUCGUCAGCGGUACUUCUGAUGAUGGAGCUAUUGGGGACUAUCAUGUGAUGCCUGCAGGUCCUGCAACAAACUCUGGGGUGACAGAUGUUGUUGCCAUGGCAGAGGUGGCCAUGGCCAAGCUGCGGAUCGAAGGUGAAGCCUUAGCCACAGUGAUGUCGAACUCACCAAUCUCCUCCUGGAUGAGUGAUCUGAGCAUGGGCAGUGAAGCUGACCAGUCCCUCCACAGCUUCAGUCAGUCCCAGAGCCAGCAAGGGGAGGCCCUGGCUGAACCUGAUCCCAACCAGAGCCUUUCGUUUGGAACGGAGGGGCUGGAGGGAUAUGAAGGCUGCAGCAGCCCGAGAAGAGGGAGUCUGGAAGGAGAUGUGGUGCUGUCAGAAAAUGGGAGUGAUAAGACAACUUCAACCAAAGACAGGCUUAGAAAACUGCCUCCCUCCAUGGCUAAAACUAACAUCCAAAUUCUGGCAGGACCUGGGAACCUCUCUCCGUUCAAGACCACCAUCAGUGUGCACCCAUGUGUGGCCGUCAAACCCAUGAUCAUACAAGAACCAAAUAUACUCUCUUCACCUACCAAGACCAGCUUAAUGAAAGACCCGGGCAAAUUUAAUGCACCACUUUUAGCUUCUAUAUCCAGUGAGAUGAGCUUUGAGGACCCCUGGUUGAAGCGUGGCAUGGAGGAGGGGAGGUCCAGGGAGCUUGUGUGUGAAGUGAAGCCAGAGAAGAGGGACGUGGAGAAUUCAAAGAGCGGGAACGGAGACCCCCGGAGCUUCUGCAAGGAUGGUGGUGAUCAUGGCAGCUCUAGUUCAGGUGGUGAGUUCCUGUCAUCUCCAGAUUCCUUUAAGAGGGUGGUGGAUGGCUGCGAGAUGGUCGCUGUCGUUGCCCAGGGAGAAUGCCUGACUGGUAUCUACAGCCCAGAUAUUCACCGUACUGCUAGUCUUCCCCGUGGCUGGCACCGUAUCAACCGCCAAGACGGCUUGGACAAUGGAAUUGAGUACCGUAAUCUUGGCGUCACCACUUCAACUCCCUGCAGUCCCCGUGCCACACUUGAUCGACGGGGAUCAGCUGGAAAACAGGGCUUUUACUCCCACAAGAAAGGGGGAAUCCCACCUCUGCCACCGGUGCGGAAGUCCAGCCUCGACCAGCGUAACAGGGCAGCCAGCCCUCUGCACCAACUAGGCGGCUCAGUAGAUGAUGCAGGGAUCACCAGACAGCGAGGCUCCAGCAUUGACAGCAGCAGACUUUUCAGCGCCAAGUUGGAGCAGCUCGCAAACAGAACCAACUCUCUGGGUCGGGUCCACAGCUCCCACAGUGGUUCCCACCACUAUGACUGUUUCUCUCUGGAGAGGGGAGGCAGCCUGAGAGGGGGAGGAGGAGGAGGCGUGAAGGGGGACAGCACCAUGCCUCGCACUGGGCGCAGCCUCACCCGAGCUGGAUCAGUGUCUUCUCCUACUGGAAACACUAGCAGCCCCAGUUUCAGUGCCAGUCCUGGUCCAAGCAGCGCUCCCCAGUCACCAGCCAAAACCAGUGGCCAGUCAAAGAUCUCAGCAGUCAGUAAACUGCUGAUGACCAGCAGUCCCAAGUCCAGGAGUCUGUCUGCAUCCAGCACCAAGACUCUGAGCUUCUCCACUAAGUCUUUAAGUCAAGCCUCCAGCCGCAGCUCCAGCCUUCCUCCCAAUGGAAAGCCCCAGAGCUCAGUACUGGCCCCUCUGCAGCAACAGGUACCUGCUCCUGGUUCUUGGUCUACCCAGUCUUUGAGCCGCAGUCGAGGGGGAAGCCUGGCUGCCAAGCUGCCUCUUCGGGCUGUCAACGGUCGAAUCUCAGAGCUCCUCCAGGGAAGUGCAGGCUCCCGUUCCAGGAGUCAUGCCCAGGGGGGAGGCACAGAUCCAACAGAGGAAAGAGGAGUUGGAGGGGCGAGUGGAGUGGGAGCUGGAGCAGGAAGUGGUGGUGGUAGUGCUGGCCCAGGAGAGGAGAGAGCAGCAGUGGUCCAAACCCUUCCCUCUCCCUACAGUAAGAUCACAGCUCCCAGAAAACCCCACCGCUGCAGCAGCGGCCAUGCUAGUGACAACAGCAGCGUACUGAGUGGCGAGCUUCCCCCUGCCAUGGGGAAGACGGCCUUGUUUUACCACAGUGGAGGCAGCAGCGGCUAUGAGAGCAUGCUGAGAGACAGCAGCGAGAACACUGGAAGUACCUCCUCAGCCCAGGACUCCCUCAGUGAGCACAGCUCAGCCACCACCUCCUCCAGACGAAGCUCCAAGAGCAGCAAGAAGAGCAGGAGCAACACAGGCCUCCAGCGUCGUCGUCUGAUCCCAGCACUGACCUUGGACUCUUCCUCCUCCUCACCCUCUCAUCGCUCCUCCAAACAAGCCAUCACGUCCUCUUCUUCCUCCUCCUCUAGCCCAGGCGCAUGCUGGGUAGAUGGUCCACUUGGCCCCCCAACUCCCUCAAACCUCCGGGGUGCAACUGCAACGACAGAGACCUUCGAAAUCAAGGUGUACGAGAUCGAUGAUGUUGAGCGACUGCAGAAGAGGAGAGACAAAGGAGGGAGCAAGGAGGUGGUGUAUGUCAGUGCCAAGCUCCGUCUGUUGGAGAAUCGUCAGCAGAGAAUCAGUGAAGUCAGAGCCAAGUACCAGUGUCUGAAGAAAGAGCUGGAGCAAACCAAACAGUACCUGAUGCUGGAGCCGCACAAAUGGACCACAGAGUUUGAGCUACAGCAGGCGUAUGAAGUGGACUCGCUGGAGUAUUUGGAAGCUCUGGAGAUGAUGACGGACAAACUGGAGACCAGAGUCAACUUCUGCAAAGCCCAUCUCAUGAUGAUAACCUGCUUUGACGUGUCCUCAAGACAUCGGUAGACAGAUGGACGGUAGAGAGCUGGAGGACGGGGAGGCAGACACACAGCUGGACUCAAUUAGAUGUCGACAUUUGGACCAAACUGAUUAAUCAAACACAUUAAGAAAACAUCUCUUAUACAAAUACAUCUCAUUGGAUGACUGGACAGUUGGAUGAAGGGAUACACUGGAUCCUGCAUGUCAUCCUUAUGUCCCCUUCUGUUGUAAGUAGACAGAUGGACAGAGAAAUUGACGGAUAAAGGGAAUGGAGGUAUAUGGAGCUAUUUAACUGGCCAACAGACAGAUGAGUCGGUAGAUGUUUUUCUGACAGAAACAGAAGCUGAACAGCAUCUACUGAACGGGCCACUUUAAAUCAGUUGAAUACGGCUGCCCACAGAGGCGGCCAGACGGCACCGAGCCUGAAAUGAAACAUCAAACAUAACUAAGUGCACACGGUUUCCUAGACAAGUGAGUAAUUAUCCCGCUGAGACACCUCUUAGACUGAGCCAAACAUUUAGGAAUGUAUGGAGAGGAAAGGAGUAGAGAGAUGAACAAAAAAAAUGCCUUUAAAAAAGACUGAUAAAGAGGAGCUGAAUGAGAGGAGAAGAACAAGUCCUCAUCUCCCAUCAUUUUAAAGGAGCACUUUUCACAGUUUACGCGUUUGGCUGUAAAUAGAGUGCAGACGACAGAAUGGCCUGGUAUUGUUGCGCAGUUAAUAAAAAAGACUGACCAUGAGAAAGACAGGAGGAAAAAAAAAAAGAUUUAGAUAAGUGCCUUGUGAACAUUUCAACAAUACCAAGACCGAUUCUCUUUCUCUCUGAAUUUGUGUACAUGCAGUUAGUACGGUGCUAGCAUAGAAAAAAAAUACCACAUAAGAUCAGCGUCCUUGGAAAAUCGUUGAAUUUAUAGCCAUUUCUGAAUGUGAUGUUUACUGUCAGUGUUUAACUAUAUCAUGAACAAACUAAUAAUCUAUGUUUGAAUGGUCUUAGGUACACUGAUGAGAGAUGAGACUAAAUUCAAACUGACUAAAAAAAAGUUGGAGAGGACCUACGGACUAACACCAAGUCCUCUUUAAAACAAUAAAAUGUUGCAAGGACCAAAAUUAGGAAAGUGGACAUGAUUUUUUUAAGGACACAGAGUUAUGUGUG